GAAAACAAUAAUAGAACCGUCGAUCUAGAUCUCGAUCGCUGGUGGAAGGUUCGGGUUCUGGUUUCGUAGGGUCCGCGUCGUGCUCGACGCUUGGUUCUACGGGAUAUCAUCGAGUCAAAUCCACUUUGUGGCGGUGAACUCCCCGGGAGGAAGGAUGCUCGCCCUCCUUUGAAGUUGAGCGUAAACACGCCAACUGCUGCAACGGACAUCUAUGCACUGUUUUCCACUGUCUCGGAUCGGACGGUCUUGAUCAACUUUCAAACGGAGGGACAAUGAUAACCCUAGCAAAAAAACUGAAAAGGAAUGGAGACCCAUCCGAAACUCCAGAGAGGCCACCAACGCUAUUCAGCUUCCGGGACAGGCUUCUGCCCGGUCAGGUGGCCGAACUGACACCCGAAGUUUUACCAUCCACCGCCCAAGUUAGCUUUCCCCAUCCCGACAGCCUCCAUAAAUUCCACGUGUACAUCAGACCGACGGAAGGUUACUGGCGUGGAGGUCGCUUCGAAUUCGAAGUCUCAGUCCCGGAGGACUAUAAUAUGUCUCCUCCCAAGGUCCGUUGCAAAACGAUUGUUUGGCACCCGAACAUACGCUACAGAAGUGGAUCUGUGUGUCUAUCACUCCUGCGGAAGUCGGCACUCGACGACGGAAUGGGUUGGACUCCUACGCGCAGCCUCAAGGACAUCGUUCUAGGCCUCGACGGACUUUUCGGAGACCUCGUGAACUUUGAUGACCCUCUGAAUUUGGAUGCCGCGCAAGAGUUCCGUCUCAACUCCGAAUUGUUCCAGCGGAAAGCAUGGGAUCAUGUGCGCAAGUACGCGAUGUGAUAUGCUGACACCUUGAGUUUCUGUUCAUUCCUGUAAUAUGUGCUGAUUAUCCUAUUUUUGCGGAUCGCUUUGUCCUCCUCUGAUCCGAAAACAGCAUACGGAACUGUUGUUAUCGUUACCUCCGAAUCUACAUAUGUCGGCUGCGAAUGUUCGCACUCGGUCCGCGAAACCGCGAGAGUGUUGCUCGUCAGAUUCGAGGAGUGCGACUCGAAAUCCAUCAAACCUCUACGAUGGCUCAGCAUGGUGGGAUGAUCCCGGGACGUGCAGGCAAUUGGAAUCGAUCUCCUGCACCAUGCGGAAAAUGAUGUUCUCUGAGCGGUGUUCUCUCUCUGUCAGCUGUUGAGAUUGCGGGUGUAAUUUUCAAAGCCCCAGUCUCGAGCUCGUGGAGUUGUUUGUGCUCUAGCCUCCAGCUUGUCGAGUGCUCGGAGCGAUCGGCUCCCCAUCGGGGGAAUCGUCCCGCGGACCUCGAGUCGAUGGUUGAAAUUAGUUUUUUUCCAAAAUGCAGCGACAGCGUCGAGAACACCGCUCGGAGCCGAGACUCUGCAAAACUCAGAACACUCGGUCGUCUUGUGGCCGAGUCUUUCGAGAAGGGCGCAGUAAUGGAACCCGGAAGCCAAAAAGUGAUAGAGUCUUCUCGGUUCGUGUAAGGAUGGCUCAGCUCCAAUUCAAAGGUUGACGUCAGAGAGGAUUCCCUUGCAACGAACUGACCUCUUGGAGAAGGACGGAACGGCCUAUAUGAUGUAUGAGAGGACUCAAGCGGUUCACUUUUGAUCGACCACCCCGGCCGAUUCCGCCGCCACAGAUAUUUAUCAUCAGUCGUGCACUCAUCGAAAUCAAUAAAACUGGUCGUUCAC